ACUUGAAGCCCUAAUUUGUUUAGACCUCCUCUCGAACGUCGACUCCCAAAACCUCGUAGCUUCCUUCUCUCCCGCAAUUUGCCGGCUGUCCUUUCUCCCGUCAGUCAGCCAAAUCUCCGGUCGACGCAUCCGUCGGCCGAUCUGUACUUGCGAACUAUCUGGUUGAAAUCUCCUCAUUCCUCUCCUUCGGAGAAGUCUCGCCGCGCGAAGCCGGUGAUCGUUCCUCCACCUGGCGAAAGGCACGUCUCUCCGUUCGCCUGCCUCCGGUGUCUCUAUUUUUCUGUCUACUGACUGUUGCGCGAUUGCUUCGUCUCUAUCUGCAGGCUGUUGCCCGCUCUGCGUGGAUAUCUGUAUAAAUCUGCUUUGCAGCCUUUCCGAUGGCAAACAAAGAGUUGAGUACUAUCCCAUCAAUUGAAGAAAAAGGAACUUCAGAGUUUGUUAAUUGCCAAGAAGCUACUAACAUUUCUUCUGCAUUGCAAAAAGAAGUUGAGGAGAAGGUAGAUGGUCUGGCUUUAGAUGGGACACCAGAUGCAGCAGAAGGUGCAAAAAAGAAGAAGAAGAAAAGUAAAAGCAAAAAAAAGAAAGAAGUUCCAGAGCAAACUUAUCCACCAUCUAUUCCUAUCACUGAACUUUUCCCCUCUGGGGAGUUCCCUGAGGGUGAAAUUCAACAAUACAAAGAUGAUAACCUGUGGAGAGUUACAUCUGAGGAAAAGAGAGAGUUGGAACGCCUACAAAAACCUAUAUAUAAUUCUGUUCGUCGAGCAGCAGAAGUUCAUCGUCAGGUUCGAAAAUACAUCAGAAGUAUUUUGAAGCCUGGGAUGUUAAUGAUAGACUUAUGCGAAACCCUAGAGAAUACAGUCCGUCAAUUGAUAUCAGAAAAUGGUCUCCAAGCAGGCAUUGCGUUUCCAACAGGGUGCUCUUUGAAUUGGGUUGCAGCUCACUGGACUCCAAAUUCUGGAGAUAAAACUGUGCUUCAGUACGAUGAUGUGAUGAAAUUGGAUUUUGGAACUCAUGUUGAUGGACUCAUAAUUGACUGUGCUUUCACAGUGGCAUUCAAUCCUAUGUUUGAUCCUUUGCUUGAAGCCUCUCGAGAAGCUACAAACACGGGUAUCAAGGAGGCUGGAAUUGACGUGCGUCUUUGUGAUGUUGGGGCUGCUAUCCAAGAGGUCAUGGAAUCAUAUGAGGUUGAUAUCAAUGGGAAGGUGUUUCAAGUUAAAAGCAUACGAAAUUUAAAUGGACAUAGCAUUGGGCCCUAUCAAAUUCAUGCUGGAAAAUCUGUUCCCAUAGUUAAAGGAGGAGAACAGACAAAGAUGGAAGAGGGUGAAUAUUUCGCGAUUGAAACUUUUGCUUCAACAGGCAAGGGAUUUGUCAGAGAAGAUUUAGAAUGUAGCCACUACAUGAAGAAUUUUGAUGUUGGCCACAUUCCUCUACGGCUACCCAAAGCAAAACAAUUGCUGGCAGCAAUUAAUAAGAACUUCUCCACAUUGGCGUUUUGCAGACGCUACUUAGACCGCAUUGGGGAGACUAAAUAUCUGAUGGCGCUAAAGAAUUUGUGUGAUACUGGUAUUGUUCAGCCGUACCCGCCUCUCUGCGACAUCAAAGGAAGCUAUGUAUCUCAAUUUGAGCAUACGAUAUUACUGCGGCCAACUUGCAAAGAGGUGAUUUCUAGAGGCGAUGAUUAUUGAUUGCAGUUGUGAUGAUGUUUUGCUUGGAAACCACCAGUUUUGUGAGAGCAGCAGCAGCAGCAUUCUAGUUAGGGCUUUUACUUAUAAUAAAAGCAAUGCAAUCCUAAUUUCCAUGUUGUGCGAUCAUCCUUUAUCAUGUCCAUUUGCAAACCUCAAAAAGUACUUUGGCUUUGUAAAUUAUGAUACACGAUCAUCAGUGUCCUAGGUGUUUGUUGCAGAAUAGAUAAUCAAUGAUGGCUGGAUAUAUGUGACUUGUAAAAUAGAUUACCUUUGUGCUUUUAUUUAUAGCUAAGCUAGUUGCAUUUGUUGCUAGCUUAGGGCAACUUCCUAUAA